AGGGGGAACUAAACAGAGAGAACAAAUGACUGCACUGCUUGCAAAACUUGGGGCCGUUCACUUUUUCUCCUGAGAAGUUUCAUCUUGGCUUUUGUGAGAGAGCUGGAAGAGCAGGCAGAGCAGCUGUAGUGAUUUUCUUAGGGUCCGUUUUUUUCUUUCUUAAUUUAUUUUUUUUCCCCCUGGUGCCUGGAUUUUAAGACUGUCAGCUGCACUGAUCACAAGCACUGGACAUCAAUAUGUGUCAUGUCAUUGUAACGUGUCGGUCGAUGCUAUGGACUCUCCUGAGUAUUGUGGUGGCUUUUGCAGAGCUCAUCGCUUUCAUGAGUGCAGACUGGUUGAUUGGCAAAGCAAAGCCUUCAAGCUCCGAGGAUGUGGACAACAGAACGGGGGGCUCGCAGGAGCCUUACCAUCCAACGCUGGGCAUCUACGGGCGCUGCACCAGAAUCUCCCACAUACAGCUUUCUAGAAGAGACACGCUUUGUGGUCCUUACGCCGAAAACUUCAAUGAGAUUGCCAGUGGGUUCUGGCAGGCAACCGCUAUUUUCCUAGCCGUGGGAAUCAUGAUUCUCUGUGCCGUGGCGUUUGUGUCUGUCUUUACUAUGUGUGUGCAGAGUAUUAUGAAGAAAAGCAUUUUUAAUGUCUGUGGGCUGCUACAAGGGAUUGCAGGCCUCUUCCUUAUCUUAGGCUUGAUACUUUACCCCGCAGGUUGGGGAUGCCAGAAAGCAAUAAGCUAUUGUGGACCUUAUGCUUCUGCUUACAAACUAGGAGACUGCUCCUUGGGCUGGGCUUUCUACACAGCCAUUGGUGGCACUGUUCUGACGUUCAUCUGCGCAGUCUUCUCGGCGCAAGCUGAAAUAGCCACAUCCAGUGACAAAGUGCAAGAAGAAAUAGAAGAAGGAAAAAACCUUAUCUGCCUCCUUUAACUCCAGUGGGGAAAAAUACCAGCGCCUGGAUCUUAAUCUGCUUUCCAUUGACUGGACAAGCAGAUCCACUUACCUGUUUCUACCAUUUGUGUGAUUGAGCCCCAUGCAUUCCAGCCCCGAACUACUGACAUGGUCUUUCUUCCUUGCUGGGCAAUGAGGAUCAGAGAAAGGAUCCCAAAAAAGCAGAAUGUAAAUACCUGGGGAUUUUUUAAGUUUCAUUCUAUGAUCAGGACACAGUAGAAUAUAUUAAUCUGACUGGGGAGGUGAGGAAUCGUGUAUAUAGCAGGAAUGUUGUUGUUGUAACUGACAAAUUCUGAUUAAUCAGAUUGCCUUACCCACCUUGGUCACUUUGAAGAAUUUGGAUUUAAAAUAAUAAAAGCCAGCACAUUU